AUGGAUUGGGUAACGCUGAACGUUGGUGGAGUAAUUUACAAAACUACCCGCCUUACCUUGACCAACCGGGAACCGGCAAGCAUGUUGGCUAGAAUGUUUAGCACGGAUCAGCCGAUACCAUCGGUGCGCGACGAGCACGGAGCGUACCUCAUCGACCGGGACGGUGGGUAUUUCCGGGCAAUUCUUAACUAUUUGCGCCACGGCAAAUUAGUGGGUGACCAAAGCAUCACCGGCAUCAUUGAGGAGGCAAAAUUUUACGGAUUACAAGGCAUGCUGGAUCUCAUCGAUAUGGAGGAGACGAAAGAUACGUCGCUUACUAGGAUCGACGUUAUCACCCUCAUUGCCGGCGCACCGAGUUCGGCGGAGCUGCGCUUCCAAGGGAUUGAUCUUACUGGCCUCAAUCUUUCGAAGUUAGAUCUCCGUAACAUCAACUUCAAGUAUGCGUGCCUUCGGGGUUGCAAUUUGACCAACGCCGAUCUCAGCAAUUGUUGCCUGGAGCGGGCAGACCUACAAAAUGCUACGCUCGACGGGGCUAAGCUGCCUUGUGUACUGGCUAGGAACGUCAACCUGGAAGGAGCGUCGAUGAAGCAGUGCAACUUUGUCGAUCCCAAUGGCGGCCACGCCAACUUCGAGGGCGCCAACCUUAAGGGUGCAAAUCUGGAGGGCAGCUCCAUGGAAGGCUUGAUUCUGCGUGCCGCCAAUUUGAAACACACCAAUCUGAGGCACUGCAUUAUGACCGGGGUGAAUAUGGCUGCCGCUAACUGCGAGGCGUGUGAUUUCACUGGCAGCAACUUACACAAUAUAAAUAUAAGGGGCGCAAACCUGGAUGAAGCGGUUUUGAACGAGGUAAUAACGCCGCUUCACAUGGCGCAAAUAAUAUAGCCUUUAAAAAUAUUUUUGAACUGGCAUAGUCUAAAUCGGCGGGUCCUAACACGACCUACACCUCGGCACUUUUAUGAUGUACGAUAAGCGUACAUUACAAUAAUAUGCUCAAAGUAUGCUAUUUCAAAUCUAUUUGACUUUUAAACAUUAACGUAUGUGUGGAUGGAGUAGCAGUAGUAAGAUAUCUAGGUAUUUAACCCCUUCACAGUCCAGCCAAGUAGAGAAAGUGGCUCAAGCAAUUUUCUUUCUUUUACAUUUUUGUAUAUUUUCCUCAGUGAUGGUCAGUUUACAUAUGUGUUAUUUGCAAUGGGCAAAGCAUUACAAAUUCCAUCCGCUUGUACGAGUUCGAGGUUCGGGCAAAACUAUGAAAGGGUUAAAUAAUAUGUGCGAAUUUAUUGGUACCAUGCAAGUCAGUGAAAUUGAAACCUACUAUUUUAUCCUGGGUAACAAACUACCAACAAUUUAGCGAGUAAUGUUUCUGAUACCAGAAGUCAGAAAUAACCCCGUACAAGUACAACCGUACAGGUCGUUAGUUUUUAAAAUUUACCAAACUUGAUCAGCCAUCCAUAUGAAGUGAAAAGUUGCACGAGGAAACAUUCCCAA